AGCAGCGGCGCGGAGGAAAGAGCGAGAGACGCAGACGACACAAGAGACGCUCGCUGGACAUCCUGAAGAAGCAGGAAGACGGCAAAGGUCAAAGGACAGAGAGGCGCUUCAUUGAUGAACUCACGCUCAGUCGCUGGACACUUAGUGACCAGUUUAUCGCUUCUGGAUUCAGUUUAGAUUGAGUCUGUGCUGGUAACUCGGGUAGUUUCUGUUGGACAGCUAGUGCUGGGUUUGUAGAUCAUGGACGUGUUAAGAGGGUUUUAGGUCACUGCUGUCGCUGCUGAUCUGAGGUGAGUUGGCUGGAGAUGGAGUUGUGGAGACAGUGCGCCGGAUGGCUGAUUCAGUGCCGAGUGCUUCCCGAGAACCACAGAGUCACCUGGGACAGCGCACAGGUGUGUGAUCUGGCCCAUGCGCUCAGAGAUGGAGUGUUACUCUGUCAGCUGCUCAAUAACCUGCUGCCGCAGUCGGUCAACCUGCGUCAGAUUAACCUGCGACCCCAGAUGUCUCAGUUCUUGUGUCUGAAGAACAUCAGGACGUUCCUGUGUGCCUGUCAGGAGAAAUUUGGCAGGAGGAAG